UUUUCCAUAAUUUGUGAAGAAUUUGCAGUUUAAAUAGAAAAGAAAACUGCUUUAUCGCGAAAAUAUAAUCUCCUGCAGAGCUUAACUCUUAUGCAUACUUGUGGUACAAUUGCGGAGUCUGUUAUUACCCAACUUGGAGCCUCCAGUGACCUUUUCUGAUCCGGUCCUAAUGUCGGCGUCACAACGCGGCCUACAGCCAAUGAGUUAAAUCAUCGCCAUUCUGCGGAAAUACUGAUUCCAAUGCGCCGCUAGCAGUGGCUCUAAGGAAUCGGCGCCAUGUCCAGUUCGGUGUUCACCGAAGCGCCGAGCCGGCCGGCGGCGUUGGACGCGGACUCCAAUCUGGUGGUGGUUUACGGCAAAAAUGGCAUCUCGUUUGACGAGCGCGCCAUCGAGAACAUCAUGGAGGAAAAAUCGAUUUCCACCAUCAGCGUGGUGCGGCUUACCUCGCCUACGCCCAGUAUGAUUGAUCAGGAGGAGGCAGAGCGACUGGAGGAGCUGGAACGCUUCCUUGACACCGCAUCGGACUCAGAGUUGGACAGCGACAAUGCUAGCCAAAGUGGCGGCGAUGAUGCCAGAAGCGAUGGUGAAGCCCCCGACGAAGAGAAUGAAAACUCCAGUGAGGAGAACAACGAGGAUUCCACUGAAUCUGAGCCAGAUGCUCCACGUUUAAGGAAGCGUCCGGGUCGUAAACCAAAAGUCAUAAAAAAGAAAAAGCGCCGCAAACCCAAAGAACGCCCACAAAUUGUGGGUCUGCGGGUGGAACAGUUUUACGCCGAUGGCACAGCCAAUAUGGUUGUAAAAAAUGCACUUAAGCUAGCUGGAGUACCAAUGUACAAGCGAACUCCGGAGACAGACGCCCUUAUGGAUGUUAUCCGCAACGAUCAUAACUACACACCGUUCACUUCGCCAGAGCAGCUGAAGAACCACAAACGGGCCGAAAAGAUGGCCACGGAUGUGCAGUCCCAAAAUCGCAAGAUCAUAAUACAAGCCCCAGGAAGCAUAAAGGUUAUCAACGCCAAAAAGAGAGUUCAAGCCAUGCCCUUCAGUCCGCUGCAGGUUAAGAUCCAGAGACUGCCAACAAAGCUCUCCCAGCAGCAGCAGCAGCAGAAUCAACAGCAGAGUUCUGUACAGGUUCACCUCCAAAAAAAAAUCAGCCAGCAACCACUGCCAAGACAAAAACCAGAGAUUAUUCCAAGUACGGUUAACCACAACAUCAGACUGAGGCCAGUUCGAGCUCCUGUCAAGGUAAUGGCACACGUGGAGGAACAUAUUGAGGACGAUGAAGAUGCCCAGAGCUCGGAUGCUGCGGAUGAGGAGAAUGCCGAUAAAUCGUACGACACUGAAGAGCCUAGCGAGGAGAGUGAUGAGCUCCAGGACUCUGACAAUGAUCGCGAUAGCGACAUUGACUUCAAUAUGAGAGGUAGUGGUGGUCGUAAUACAAGUAAACGGAAGCGGGUCCGAAAGACAGUGAAACCACCUCCAGCUAGACCAGCGAAGGCUUUAAUCACACCUCCAUCGGCCACGCCGCAGUUCCCAGAUUUAAAGCGCCGCAAAGAACAAGUGGAUCUUAGGGCGCCGCAAAUUGGACAAAUCAUUCAGCUCCCACCUCGGGCACCAGCCGGAGUAAUUGCUCUUGGCAAGAGCAUACCUAGCACCUCUUUCCUUAAAACCCGGCCACCUACCCAUCAGGCGCUUCCCGUCAAAAAACUUCCACUGCCAGGAGGCACUUUAUCAGGAGCCGUUGUCACCAAGGUGGACAUUCCAACAACCCAAGUGCGUCGGACUCCUGUAGUGCAGGUUGGCCGAAUCCUGAAUAAUUCAUCACGCGGCGUGUUUAAGAAUUCCACUCAAGAUGUCAAAGAGAUUAUAAUUAACAAGAACAUGGCAAGCCCGAAGGGUGUGUUCACUAAUCUCAAUAGUUUGCUGGGUGAUAACAACAAUGCGACCAUUAAAGCGUCGCCAGAUCCUCAGCGCCAUCGUCAGAUAAUGUCGCCCAGCACACCGAGAUCUAGUUAUAGCAACCAACAGUCGACACCAGUUACCCCGAAACCUAUAACUCCAACACCUUCUAAAGGCUUCAUGCCCAUUGGCGUAAACACAGCUCAGUCGCACAAGUUGCCAGCCCAAAUCGUUAUCGAGACGCACCAGAGUUCCUCGGAACUGGCGGCUGAAAAUGAUAAACAGCUUGAUCUCAUUAAUUCCAUUGUGCAGGAUGAGCUGCUGAAGUCUACGCUGGUGGAGCAGCCACCUGUAAAUGCGGACGAAAACAUACCAAAGCUUGUCAAAAUGCUGGAGAGUACGGCGGCGAGCUUAGAUCCUGCCCCGAUCAAUCCAGUGUUUCCUGAAACGGCCAAUUCCGCCUCAGUGGAUCCCAUUGACGAAGAUGAGAUUACGGCCGAUUUUCUGCAGCACGUCGUUGAACUAAUUGAGGAAGACAAACAGUUUGAGGCCGAGGUAGUGAAACAAGUGCUGGCCAGCACCGAACCAGGAGAGCUAGAUGCCAUUGUUUCCUUGCCCACGCCGAUUGCACCAGUUUCUUUGCCCCAUUCACUAAAUAUUCAGCCGCAAACGAAUCUUCCUCUCAACGCGGUGAUUGUGGAACCACCGGCGCCAUUAUCGUCCGUACCGAUUGCGAGCAGCACUCCUUCCAGAACCCACACUACUCCGAUGACCCCAUCGGCUAAGAUUGUUCGUGGUAAUGGCCGUGUAAUCUAUCUGCCUCCCAUGGAAGCGCCCACCACACGUGCCAAGCGACGGGCACAAAUCCCGACAGCGUCGCCAAGUGCCGGGGAUCAGUCGAUGAAUGAAUCGCUUCUGGAUACCAGUUCUGAGCAGUUGGCCAAUACUAGCAGUCUCAGUGUCGACAGCCAGUCAGGUGUCGGGCCGAAGAGACCGAAUCCUAGGGAACCUUCACUCGCCCGUCGCUCAACGGCGCCUAGAAGAACAAAGAAACUGAACACGAGUCACAGUACGGACCCAGAGGCUUCUGAAUCUCAAGAGGAUGACGACGAUCCCAACAAACUGUGGUGCAUCUGUCGUCAGCCACAUAAUAAUCGUUUCAUGAUAUGCUGCGAUAUGUGUGAGGAUUGGUAUCACGGGUCUUGCGUGAGUGUUACCAAGGCAAUGGGCACAGAAAUGGAGAACAAGGGUAUCGACUGGAAGUGUCCUAAGUGUGUCAAACAGUUGGAGGAGAAGAGCCAGCCCCGAAUCACAGAAAUGUUGAGGCCAGCAAUUUCUUCGGAGGAGAAACCGAACGAAACCAAAGUUUUUUCCACGUCUUUGGAUUCUGUCAAAGUUAUUUCUCCAGCUACGCAAAAGAGAGUGUUGCCUUUGGGCGUAACUGUAGCCAGAUCCCCUCUGCGAAGUCCCAUUAUGAAGCCCUCUAACAAACGACCGGCGAAUGCUAUUCCACACCAACAGCAGCAGUUAAACUUCAUCAAACUCGGCCCACUCCCUGGUAACCGAACAGCGGAAGCACAAUGUGUUGUUUGUAAACGACCAGCGAGCUCGAACUCCGUUUAUUGUGGCGAUGAGUGUAUUCGGAAAUACGCUCAAAGCGCCAUCCAAGCCCAUCCCUCUUCUAAGCAAUCUGAUGGUCCGUUGGCCCACAAGAAAAAGGAUCUCUUCGAGGAUAUGCUGCGGCAAGCGGACUCCAUGUCGAAAGUAGAGAGAAUCAACGUGUUCGAGCGUAAAAGUGGACGAGUCAUCAUUGGCCAUUUAGCACCCACGUUACAUCAAUUCCGAAAAUGGUUGCAAGACAACCCUACUUUUGAGGUGCUGCCCUCCGGAACCCUUCAAUCCGCGGACCCUGAAAAACGUCAGUUGAAACGAGUUCCAGAGCCAUCUACCAAUCAAGAAUUCAUGGCUUCGGUUGCAACAAGUUCAACAGUAGCUAAAAAGCCUCUGGAAGUUGCAAUUAGGUCUCCCCAACCUGCCACAACACCCACAUUAGUUCGUGCUUUGCCCAAAAAGGAUAAGGAAAGCUCUUCACCCGCUUUAACUGCGUCAGUGGCCUCAACAAGCCGAUCCGCCACAAAACCAGAGCCAGUUCGCAUCGGUAUUCGACGCUCCCUUAAGGAACAGCUUUUGGCUCGUAUUAAGGAGGCCCAGGAUGAGGAGAAAGCUUCCAGCCAGGGUGCGACUACAAAGUGGUUGACGGCUGCCGAGGUGGACCAUUUCGUUAAGGCCGUGGAGUCGGAAAUGUAUCAUUCGUUUGGGCGUGAUGUGGGAGCUAAAUACAAGGCCAAAUACAGGUCCCUUAUGUUCAACAUAAAGGAUCGCAAAAAUAGGACUUUGUUUGAGAAGAUCUGUGCCAAGCAGGUGGAGCCCAAGCAACUGGUGCGGAUGACUCCGGAGCAGCUAGCCAGCCAAGAGCUGGCCAAGUGGCGAGAAGAGGAAAAUCGUCACCAGCUCGAUAUGAUCAAGAAAUCCGAGCUGGACAUGCUGUACGUUGUAAGCAACCACAAAGGCGAGGAAGUGGUGACCAGCAAAGUUGACGUAACACUGCCGGAAGAGGAAGCCACUGAAGCUUCACCGGUGGAGAAAAAGCCGGGACUAGACACCUCAGGCACGGAGCGUUCCAGCUCGAAAGGAAAGUCCUCUUCCUCAAAGGAAAAGCGCCACAAAAGCCACAAGCACCACCACCAUCGCAAGAGGAGUCGCAGUCGCUCCAACAGUCGAAGUCGCAGUCAAGACAAGCGCCAUCGCAAACAUCCCAAUGAACCGGAGACGUUUGACUCACCACCAGGUGGAGGAGAACCUCACUCGGUGGAAAAACAAGGCAAGGAAGGAGGUGAGGGUAGUGUUUCGUCGCCCCUUUCCAAAAAGAGGGAAGAAAGCAAUCUGUCGCCAACUGUCAAAAAAAUGGAGAAAACGAAUAGAAAAUCAGAGGUAACUACCUACAACCUUAUCGAUCAAAUUCUGGAAUCCGAGAAAACAGUUGAGCAAGCAGCGAACCUGGAAAAGCCGACAAAGCCAGCCGCAAAACCACUUCCAACUCUUCCGCCUUCAAUGGACCACUACGCCCGAUAUGUUCACGGUUUAUCCACCACUUCGUUGUGGUCGGGCAACCUCAAGAUGGUCGAAGUCACCGACUUUAAUGUGGUCGUGCAUCCAGUUUUGGGCGAGAGCAGCCAGCUAAGUAAGCUCUUUCCACCUCAGUUGGAUGUGAUUGGUCGCAUCACCCGCGUCAAUGUUUGGGAGUAUAUCAAAAAGCUGAGGAAGAGUCCUACCAAGGAGGUGGUCAUCGUUAACUUCUUUCCCGCCUCGCCCAGCGAAACGCCCAAGUUCAACUUGUUCUACGAGUACCUCGACUCACGUCAGCGGCUAGGUGUCUUGGGAGCUAAUUCGGAUCAGAUUCGAGACUUUUACAUCUUUCCAUUUGGUUCUGGUGAUGUAUUGCCGCCAGAGCUAAAGCUCGCGGAUCGGGUGCCUUUUUACGAGGAUGAGCACCGGCCAAACACUUUGCUGGGAAUAAUAGUUCGGUGCUUGAGCAAGCGUUCUGUAACGGGUACGCCAAACUCUCUUCCUUCCACUCUGCCAGUGGCUUCUCCGAUUUCAUCGGUGACCAGCAGCAAGAAAACACGCAGGACUGGCAACUUUACGCCGCCCAGUAGCCCCAAACGUAAGGCGAGCACCCAUUCCACCAGUUCCAAGGACGAGGAGUUUGACAUCGAUGCCAUCAUUAAGGCGCCCAUUGCCAAGUUGCAGAAAACCUCCACAGUUGCCCCCAAACUUCCUAUUGCGCCUUUGGAUGAUGCCGAUGAACCGUAUUCGCCCGGGGGCUCCGACGACGAAAAGCCACCACCUGCUCCAAGGAUCGCAAACGAUCUGGAGCGGCAGGUGGAUGAAAUUAACAAACAAAUCGCAGCACAGCAAAUGGAAAUUGCAGGUUUACUCAAAGUAGAGCCCAAGGGAUCUGCGUCUUCUUCAAAGGUACUGGCAGGCAUAUCGAUUCCACCCAAUCUUUCAAAGAUUCUGGCUAGCAUAAAGGACAAGGCGCUUGGCGAAGAAGACGAAGAGUAUAAUCCCGAGGACGCAAUCACCACGCCCAGUACAUAUGCAACGAAGCCUAAGAGCAAAGGUCGUUUGGCGCAUCUAAGUGAAGCAGAGCUUCUUAGCAUGGUCCCGGACGGUGCGAUGCCCAGCACGUCAAAGACACGCCACCAGCAGUCACCGCCCCCACUUCCGCCCCCUCCGCCCCCAGGUGUUUAGCAGAAUCCCCCCAUGGAAAAUAUAGUCCUUAACCCGCGCGCUAAUUUUAGAUUUGUAUGUCAUUUCUGAAUGGAAUCCACAAUAUUUAACUUCCAGUUUUCUGCUCAUAUUGUGGACAUUCUCAUCCAGCGAAUCCGAUACCAUCUCUGUAUUAUAUCAGGCAAACGGAACAAUUUAGUUUUCAGCCCCCACCCAUCCCCCAAAGUUAGGAAUAUCGCUUUCAAAUUUGCCCUACAAAUCCUGUAAAUUUCCACGAA